AUGGUUACAUCAAGGACGCUGCUUCUUCUGGCGGCCGCCCUGAGCUGCGCGACUAUCGCAGCCUCACACUCGCACUCAUACCCUCACUCUCCCGGUCUCGACGAGGACCACCACGGCGCUGAUCCUCACAGCACCGCCGAGUUCGCACCCAUCCCGCUUGUCCAGUUCCCCUCGAACGACAUCCCCGAUCCCUGGACGAGCAAGUACGGCGGCGUUGCGCGAACCGCCUUUGCUGGCGUCACCACCUAUGCGCAUCUUCCCACCUCGCGCUGUCUCGACAACCCCGACGAGCUUUUCGACGUAGCGGUCCUCGGCAUUCCCUACGACCUCACUGUGACCUAUCGACCUGGGGCUCGCUUCGGGCCGAACGCCAUCCGUCAGGCGAGCCGUCGUCAGCGAUCAGGUCGCACGUUUUCGAUGCAUCACGGGAUGGAUCCGUACAAUUCUGGACUGCGUUUCCUCGAUUGCGACGACAUCCCUACCUCACCGAUGGACCCCGCGUUGGCGAUCGAUCAGAUCGAAGCGGGCUAUUCGUCCCUCUUGCAGCGGGUGGCGCACUCGGAUCCCUCGUCUCGCGAUCCCUCCUCGCCUCCCGCAUCGGUGGUUGCACCCGAGACCUGGGAAGCCUUCUCCUCCGCAGGCCUGGCAAAAGACGGUCGCUCUCAUCCGAAGAUCGUCUCUAUGGGCGGAGAUCACACGAUUGUACUCCCCAUCCUUCGCUCGCUCUACCGCGUCUACGGACCCAUUGCAGUAAUCCACUUCGACGCGCAUCUCGACACAUGGCCCCCCGAAGUGUCACCCGUAAACUCCCCCACGCGACAACAUCAGAUCCAACACGGCACGUUCUUCUGGCAAGCCGCACUGGAAGGCCUCAUCGCACGCAACCAGAGCAUCCAUGCCGGCAUCCGAACCCGCUUAGGCUCGUACGACGAUAUCGAGCACGACGCAAGCAUCGGAUUCGACAUCAUCACUUCCGAUGACAUCGACGACAUCGGUAUCCCCGCCAUCAUCGCCAACAUCCGCGCAAGGGUCGGAACCAUGCCCGUGUAUUUGAGUAUCGAUAUUGACACGUUGGAUCCAGGAUUCGCCCCAGGGACGGGUACGAUGGAGUCCGCAGGGUGGAGCCCAAGAGAGCUCAGGAGGAUCUUGAGGGGUUUGGAGGGAUUGAACUUUGUCGGUUUCGACCUGGUCGAGGUCAGCCCGGCAUAUGAUCAGGCCGAAAUCACGGCGUAUGCGGCCAGCGAUCUGAUCUACGAAUUCAUGAAUCUGCUGAUCAAGGGGAACGGAAUGCAGAGCAAGGGCAAGGUGGCUGAACCAAAGGCCAAGGGCAGAGGGAAGAAGAAGAGCGUGGUCGGGUCGCUUUUCGGACACGGAGACGAGCUUUAG